AGUUCCGCGUUUGAGUGUAUGUGCAGUCGUGCAUUGAACUACACUGCAUGUUUGAACAGUACGAUAUUCACAUUUGUCAAUUAAUCUCUAUUUAAUCAGAGGGAAUCAGAGAUUGAACUCACCGCAGCUGGACAUCUAUUCUGGUAGCAUCACUGAUGAUGGACACCGCUGCAGCAGUUCUCCAUCCUUACUGGCCACGGGACCUCCUGAUUCCCACCUACGUGGCCAAUGAUCGCUCUAUGUCAGAGAUCCUGGCCUUUUUAUUUUCCGUGUCUGGAGUGUUUCUGCUGGUGACCUGGCUGAUCACCGGCCAGAGAGGAAGCACUGGCAGCCUGGGGACAUGGAGACGUCUGGCUGUGUGCUGGUUUGCCGUUUGUGGCUUCAUCCACGGCGUCAUCGAGGGCUGGUUCUCGCUGUAUUAUGAUAUUAUUCCAGGAGACCAGAGCUUCCUGUCACAGCUGUGGAAGGAGUACUCUAAAGGAGACAGUCGAUAUGUAAUAGCUGAUAACUUCACUGUUUGCAUGGAGACUGUGACUGCUUGGUUAUGGGGACCGUUCAGCUUUUGGGCUGUAUAUGCCUUUUUAACCAACAGGCCCUACAGAUUUGUGCUGCAACUCAUCAUUUCAUUAGGUCAGCUGUAUGGAGCGGUGCUUUACUUCUUCACAGAGCACAGAGAUGGCUACGCUCACAGCGAGUUGGGACAUCCAGUCUACUUCUGGUUCUACUUUGUGUUCAUGAACGCGUUGUGGAUCGUUAUACCGCUUUCGCUCAUCGUGGAUGCAUGGAGACAGCUGUCAGCGGCCCAGACACAAACAGACAACACAAAGUCACACAAGAGUAAAAGGAAAUGAGCUGCAACAGGCCGAACAGACUGUGGGACUGUUGGACACUGACUACAGGGAUACAGGACCACUGGGGAGCAAAUGUUUCUAUAUUUUUGAAUAAAAAGAUACAGCAAAAGAAAUUGAAGUUGCAUUACGUCCCUUUUGAAUUUGAAUAUCAAAUCAUUGUCAAUACACUAAGAAUUUCAUGUCAUUGCAACCUUUCUUUGUACUUCUGUCAGUGAAGCUUUAAAUUUUGUUGCUGAGCAAAAUAAAUCACAUGUUCAUUUAUAACACCA